AAGUUUCUUAAAACUAACAAUGGCUUGGGAACUUCGUUGAGUUUUUUGGUUCCAUCAGAACUAACUGCGCAUGUCCAAAUAUCUGCCCUUUGCUGCAACUAACUUAUUUUCAUUUGCCAGAAACAUUUAUCUUCUGAUGUAAUUCGAAUUUUGCUGUCCCAAAUCAUUGGUAAAUUACUCUGAACCCUGGCGUAUCAAUGCAAGGACAAAUAGCUGAUCGAAGUUGGGCUGCAAAAGUACACUUCUGCCUUGAGCUGUGGUCCACAACAGCCACACCCAAAUAAGGCCACACGGUGAACAUCCUCAGACUUCCCACUGAUCUCCCUCUGAGACUGAUUUCCUAACACCAGCAUCAUGGAGGCUCCCCCUGUUACUGUGAUGCCAGUUACCGGAGGCAGUGUCAACAUGAUGGAGUACCUCCUUCAAGGCAGCAUUCUGGACAGCAGUCUAGACAGUCUUUUACAUCGUUUACGUGGACUCUGUGAUGGCAUGGAGCCAGAAACCUUUGUAGACCAUGAAAUGGUCUUCCUCCUAAAAGGCCAUCAAGGUAGUCCUUUCAUGUUGAGGGCGAGACAUUCCUUGGACAAGACUGAUAUGCCGUGGCACCUUCGUUACUUGGGACAACCAGAAAUGGGUGACAAGAACAGACAUGCAUUAGUUCGCAAUUGUGUAGAUAUUGCCACUUCUGACAAUUUGUCAGAGUUUUUGCAGGAAAUGGGUUUCCGGAUGGAUCAUGAAUUUGUAGCCAAAGGACAUAUAUUUCGCAAAGGCAUUAUGAAGGUUGUGGUUUGCAAAAUUUAUCGCAUUCUUAUAUCUGGCAAUACUGAUAAUAUUGAACCUUUAUCCCUCUCCUAUCUUGUAGAGUUGAGCAUUGUGGCACAUGCUGCCCAGGACAGUGUUUCUGAUGAUAUGCGGAACUUUGCUGAACAGCUGAAACCUCUAGUUAAUCUUGAGAAGGUUGAUCCCAAAAGAUUAAUGUAAAUCUUUGAAAUUUUACAUAUUAUAUGUGUGGAUUUUAGUGAACUGUGUAAGAAUUUCUUAUGUUGAUACUUCAGUUAUGGAUAAAAUGUCUUUGAAAAUAUAUUCUUUGCCCUGAUUCAUUUGAAAAUAUCUCUAAUAGAUUUAUAUUGGAUAAUUUUGUUCUUUCAUUGGCAAAUGAUCCCUAUUUUCUGUUCUUCAUCACUCAGAAUAUAGAAUUUAUUGUUUUUCUGUUUAUUCUGCUGCUUAGUGUAAUGUAGUGCUGUUUUAUAUAGUGAAAUUUAGAUGAGAAGUUAUUUGUAAAAUGUAAAUGUUGCUCUUUGUGGUUAAAAGGCUUUUUUUUUAAUUGUGUUCCAUUGAUGUGGACAUUAAUUCCAAAGAUUGUUUGUAAUUGUAGAAUUUGGAGUAGUAGAACUGAAAGUAUAAGUGCUGGGGAGUGUAUAAUAAAUCUGAGGUUACAUUACCUCAAACUGUUCAUCACA